AUGCGUUUCACCUCGUUCAUCACUCUCCUCCCUGCCCUGGCUCUGGCACAGGAGCAGGUGCCCCUCGCCGACCGCGUGCAGGGCUGGUUCAACAAGGCUAAGAACCUUGUCCCCACGGCUGUCCCGGCUGAGCCUAUCCAGAAGAUGGCUGAGAAGGUCUCGGAGAAGCGCGUCACCCCGGUGACCAUGCAGAACUGGCAGUCCAUCCUGACUCCUGCCGAGGACGCUCAGGACUGGUACAUCUUCGUCACUGGUGGCAACAAGACUUGCUUCGGCCGCUGCGAUGUCGCCGAGAAGGCUUUCAAUGAAUCCGUCCUCCUCUUCGCUGCCGACCCCACCUCCCCCAACCUUGGUCUGCUGAACUGCGAGGAAGAGCGCGUUCUCUGCGCCACCUGGUCCGCCGGCGCUCCCUCCGUCUUCUACUUCCAAUUGCCCCAGGCCCAGCCCGAGGGUCAAGAGCGUCUCCCCACUCCUCUCCACGUCGUGUACAUGAACACCACCACCGUCACCCCUGAGGAGCUGUACCAGGUUCACUCCAAGAAGACUUUCGAGAAGGUCGAGGCCUACGAGGGUGCCCUGCACCCCACCGACGGCUGGCUCGCCCAGUACCAGCUGAACGUUCCUCUCGGCUACGCCAUCUGGGCGAUGGGUGCCGUCCCCAGCUGGACCUUCAUGAUUGCCAUCAGUUUCUUCAGCCGUACCGUCAUGGGCCGCCGUAUGGCUAACGUUGGCACGCAACCUCGUCGUCCUGCUCCCGCCGGAAGUGCGAACUAG